GCCUUUUCCGCCCGCUCCCCCCUCCCCCCGAGCGCCGCUCCGGCUGCACCGCGCUCGCUCCGCGCUGUCAGGCUAGCGCCGCCGUCCCCAGACGCCACCAUGAUCAUCUACCGGGACAUCAUCAGCCAUGACGAGCUGUUCUCCGACAUCUACAAGAUCCGGGAGAUCGCGGACGGGCUGUGCCUGGAGGUGGAGGGCAAGAUGGUCAGUAGAACAGAGGGUAACAUCGAUGACUCGCUCAUUGGUGGGAAUGCUUCCGCUGAAGGCCCAGAGGGCGAAGGUACCGAAAGCACAGUAGUCACUGGUGUUGACAUUGUCAUGAACCAUCACUUACAAGAAACCAGCUUCACAAAAGAGGCCUACAAAACUAACCAGGGACACAUGAAACCCUGUCUCAAAGACAGGGCAGGGGCUGGUGUGAUUGCUCAUCUCCUCUGCCGGUCAGUUCGCUGCGGGUCGAACUACUACUCCCAAGAGUCCACGCGCCAGAAGCUAGGCGAACUGUGGGGGCGCUCAGAGGGCGAGGAACGACUUGAGGAAACUGAGGGGGUUGUCCGCCCGCGGCACGCUUUGGAGCCGCAGCCUCCUUGCGCCGGGUCCCGCGGUCGCAUCUCGUGCCGCCUCCUGCGAGUCUUCGCCUGA